CCAAUACGUGUGCACAAUAUUUCAAUUACAUAUUGAUAUUAUGAUAAUGUCUCCAAAUUGUCUUUAAACUUACUUUGACAACCUAUUCAGUCUUGCGUCUUAUCUGAAAACAGCUCUUAAAUGUCCGUCAAACAUGAAAGACAUUUACAGUCUUUUGUCGUCUUGUCUGUAAUAUGCAGGUUUCAUAACCUCUGAUACCCUUUCACAAUUCCAUUUAUUCAAUUUCCAUCCUAAUAACAACAGUUAUGUCCUAUAAUAUCAUACAAUUAAAAUACUUUAGACAUGUAGUAAGUCGUUAGUAAGUAUUGGAUCGAUGUUUAAAGAUAACUCCUUCCGGGAUUGCGUAUUUAGUAAGUGGGAUGUUCGUACGAAGUGGGCCUUUCUAAGAAACCAUUCUUAAAAGAUCCGUUUCCUUAAGAAAACAAACACUGAUGCAAUUUCAUACAGUCUCUUCAGCUGCUUGUAUUCAGUUUUCAAGUGCUAAUAAUAACGUCCUAUAAGAAUUUUUUCAAUAAUUAAAGGGAUACCAAGGUACUCUUCUUAAAGAAAAAUGAAGUCAUUGCAAAACUUAACAGCAGACCUAAAAAUGAAGGGAUGGACAAGAGAAAAAAUCGGCUUUGCAUUAUCAGCACUUGCGUUAUCAAUAGGCUCCCUUGCGCUUUUUACAGAUCAUUGGUUUGAAGGAAAAGGUUUCACUGGCUCAUGGAACGCUGGUUUUAUCAAAAUGUGCGCAAUGACUUGUAUUAGUUACCGAGAUGUGCUCUCUAUAUUUGACUCGUUUAGUGGGAAAAAUACGGCAACGAUAUAUGUUUUCUGUGUCAUUUUCAUCAUUUACUUACCACUAAUAUGGUUAUUCUGCUCAGUAGCAAUGAAAGGGUACAGCAUGAUGAAACGCCCAUCAACCGGACGUGACGCAUAUGCGGUAGUGUUCAUCUGGUUCUCGGUUUACCAUGGUACUGGUUUGCUGGUCUGUUUCAUAGCCAUGUCAAUAGUGACGGAUAAAAUGAAAGACAUGAUGAACGAUAAUACCGAAUAUAGCGGGGCAAAGUAUCAAGAAAUGAUGUCUCGGGUUAUGAAGCGGGCUUUGAAUUACCACUUUGGUUGGUCUGCAUAUUUUGGUUUGAUUGCACUAUGCGUUGCACUUAUAUCGGCCAUAAUAAGUAUGCCAACUAGGAACCCCCGCGACACCGAUGAAGAUGAGUGUAGAUCACGUGACACUAAUGUGAUGGAACUGUAAUGAAUAUCUGACACUGAUAUUUACGAUAUUUUACAUCCUAUUUCUUUUCAAAUGAUAACAAUUCUUCAGGCUAGCAUCCUGCCUUUUUAGUGUUACCAACACUUACCACUUAACCAUAAAUAGUCCCGGAUAAUUUUCAUUUAUUAAAGAUCGUGUAUCUCAAUUUUCAUGGUUUUAUAUCAUAAAUAUGAUGCCAAAAUAAAGAUUUAUUAAUAUUGUAAAUUCCAAAAAAGCAUUAUUUGUAAAGAUAUUACAUAAUUUACAUUUCAUGUAAAUAAAGAGAGGUAAUUAGAAAUUUAUUUUCUAUAAAGUCUAAGCAAAAUUUUACAAUAAGAAAUGAAUACAUAUAUUUUAAUGAUUACUUAUAUAAACGUGUAUAAACAUUUGCAGUACAUAUUUAACAUAUUCUUGGAUGUUUGGAAAUUGUUUUAGAAGAAUAAUAAUAAACAUGUUCAUAUACAUUUGUAUAAAAUUUCACUUAAGUGUUGUUGCAUCCUAAAUUACAACAUACAGGAUCUUUAAAGAUAGUUUAAUAAUUCAGUUUAUCAAUUCAUCAAAAGAAAGUCACUUAAACCUAAUAAUGAUAAUUUAUGACGCAAAUAUACGAUAGUUAUAUCCUUUAUAUUGUACAUGUUAUCAGGACACAGCUACCGUCUUAAUAAUUUUUAUAGGUUAUAGGCUGUAUGCCAAUCAAAUUUAAGCUUUUUUUUUUUUUUUUUUUUUUGUUGUUGUUGCUGUUGU